UCCGCAAAAGCAAAUUUUCACAGUAGAAAAUAACUUUUCACUUCUCACCGGUACCGGAAAAAGCAUGUGUGGUGGUGCCAUAAUCUCCGAUUGGAUACCGCCGCCUCGAUCGUCGAGCCGACUCACCGCCGACCAGUUAUGGGGUUACUCCGAUCUGCAAAACAAGAAGAAGAACAACAAGAAGAGGAAUGCUUCCAAUUACCACUGUAAGUCCUUGAGAUCUGAGAAUGUAGACUUUGAAGCUGAUUUUCUGGAUUUUAAGGAUUUUUCUGAUGAUGAAGAAGCUUAUUGUUUGGAUAUCAAGCCCUUUGCUUUCUCUGCUUCUGAACUCUCUGGAACCUCUGCUGGAUCCGAAUCAUUGAUAUCUGUUGAUGCAAAGGAAGUUGAGAAAUCUUCCAAGAGACAGAGGAAGAAUCAGUAUAGGGGGAUCAGAAAGCGUCCAUGGGGUAAGUGGGCAGCUGAAAUACGUGAUCCACAGAAGGGGGUCCGAGUUUGGAUUGGAACUUUUAAUACUGCAGAAGAAGCUGCUAGAGCUUAUGAUGCUGAAGCUCGGAGAAUCAGAGGCAACAAAGCUAAAGUAAACUUUCCUGAUGAAGCUUCAGUGCCUGCCUUGAGGCAAGGUGGUAAGGUAAUUCCUCGAAAGGUUCUUUCUGAUGAGAGCUCUAACCCAGUUCUAUCCAACACCAUGUUUAUGAACAACUUGAAUAGUGGAUAUUGUGACAAUUUGGGCCUUCUCGAAGUGAAAACAAAGACUCUGUAUGGCUACGAAGCUUUGUGUGUGACUCCUGUAGAUACAGGACCUAACUCAUAUGCCCGUCCAGCUGUUGCUGGUGUUUACUUCAAUUCUGACCAAGGAAGUAACUCUUUUGGCCCCUCAGAUUUUGGUUGGGGAGAAACAUGUUCAAGAACUCCAGACAUAUCAUCUGUUCUGUCAGCUGCUAUAGAAUGCGAUGAAGCUCAAUUUAUUGAAGGUGUUGACCUGGAGGAGAAACCAAAAUCUUGUUCCAACAAUUUGGUGCCUGAUGAUGUGAACACUGUACACAAGCCACCUGAAGAAUUUUCAACUUUUGAAUCCCAGAUGAAGUUCUAUCAGACGCCAUAUUCAGAAGGAAACUUGGAUGUACCAGUCGAUGCCUUCCUCAAUGCAGAUGCUACUCAGGGUGGUGAAAAUGCUAUGAACCUUUGGUCAUUUGAUGAGCUUUCUUCUUUAAUGGGAGGCGUCUGAGAAUGUGUUACGUGUGGAUUCUUUGUAAAUAAGGGCUUCAUGUGAAGAUGAGGUUUGCUCCUCAACUCUCUUCUCCAAACAACGCUAAGUUAGUUGAUGUGCCUGUGCUAAGGAGGAUGAUGAGAAGUUGACAACCAUUCAAGCAUGUUUAGGGCUCCAUGGAUGGUGUGCUGAGUAAGUGUUUUGGUUAUAUAGACCAUUAGACCAAUAGGUGGGUAAUUAGGUUAUUAACAACUGUUGACAACAAGCUGAUGUUUUCAAAUUUUGCAUCAAUGUGGAUGAUAAUUGAUGGUUCAAAAUGCUUUA